AUGGAAAUACUCUGGUGGUCCCCGAUCACAGAAGGCGUGCGUCUGGAGAGUAUUUGCUAUGCAUGUGAAGUAGCACUCAUGUUGCUUUUAAGGUGUAACCACAGGGUUUCGGCUCAGAUAAGAUACUCUAUUCCUGAGGAGGUAAAAGUUGGUUCCGUUGUGGGAAAUGUUGCCAAGGAUUUGGGUGUGGACAUCAGUACCUUGACAGAUAGACAAUUUCGUAUCGUGUCUGGGUCAAAUGACGAUCUUUUCGAGGUAAACCAGAACAAUGGCGUCUUGUAUGUGAAUAAAAAUAUAGACAGGGAGGCUCUCUGUGAUGGUAAUGGAGCAUGCUUGAUAAAUUUAAAAAUGGUAUUAGAGAAUCCUUUAGAGGUGCACUAUGUUGGAGUUGAAAUUUCAGACGUAAACGAUCAUUUGCCCACAUUUGUAGAAAAUGAGAAAAAAUUGGAAAUAUACGAAUCUACUCCUCCACGGAAGCGUUUUCAGUUACCAGCCGCGCUGGAUCCCGAUGUUGGUAUCAAUACUGUUAGAAGUUAUAAAAUCACCCACAACGAACAUUUUGAAAUGCAAAUGAUAGAAAUGGGAGAUGAUCAAACUCCUUUUCUAGUUUUACAAAAACCCUUGGAUAGAGAGAAACAACCUGAACACAGUUUUAUUUUAACUGCUUUUGAUGGGGGUAGUCCAGCAAGAUCAGGGACUUUAAAUAUUACAAUCACUGUUCUUGAUUCAAAUGACAACCCUCCUAUAUUUAACCAGGAGAUGUACUCGGUAACAUUACCUGAAAAUGUGGAGGUAGGAACUGUUGUAGUAAAAGUUAAAGCUACAGAUUUAGACGAGGGUGUAAACGGAGAAGUUGAAUAUUCUUUCGGUAGUGAACUUGAUCAUAAGGUAUACGAUGUGUUUAACUUGGAUAAAGUUACAGGCAUAAUUCGAAUGAAAGGGCAAGUUAAUUUUGAGGACGUUGAUGUAUACAAACUAGACGUCCAUGCAACGGAUAAGGGACAGCCCCCGAUGAGUACAGACUGUAGAAUCCUCAUCAAGGUUCUAGACUUAAAUGACAACAAACCAGAAAUAGAGGUGACAUCUCUCUCAAACAUGUUAUCUGAAGAUUCGAAACCUGGGACUGUUGUCUCGCUCAUCAGUGUGUCAGAUAAAGACUCGGGGAUUAAUGGCAAAGUUGUCUGUACUCUGUCCGGCGACGUGCCCUUCGAGUUAAAGCCAACAUACCAGGAUAAUAUUUUCUCUUUAGUGACUAAACAUAAACUGGAUAGGGAGCUCGUGUCUUACUAUGACAUAACGAUAACAGCCAUUGACUGUGGUCAGCCUCCUCUGUCCUCGUUCCAAACUCUGAGCGUCCAGAUAUCAGAUAUGAACGAUAACAGACCAGAAUUCUCUCAAAAUCCUCUUGAACUUUAUAUGCUGGAAAACAACGCUCCUGGUGCGUCAAUAUUCUCUGUAAGCGCCUCUGAUAAAGACACGAAUGAAAAUGCAGCAAUCUCCUAUCACAUAGUUAGAGGAGAGAGUAAUCCGAAUGAUAUGGCAUCUUUCCUGAAUGUAAAUUCUGAUAAUGGACACAUUUCCGCGCUUAAAAGUUUUGACUUUGAAACUUUGAAAAAAUUCCAGUUCCAAGUUGUAGCAACAGACUGUGGAACUCCGUCGCUAAGCAGCAACGUCACAGUGAAAGUGUUUAUUUUGGAUCAGAACGACAACGCUCCAGUGAUCUUGUAUCCAGUCAGCGCUAACGGUUCUGCUGAAGGCGUGGAGGAGAUUCCCCGCAAUGUGAACGCAGGUCAUUUUGUGACUAAAGUGAGAGCCUAUGACGCAGACAUAGGAUAUAACGGCUGGUUGUUAUUUUCGAUGCAUGAAGUUAGUGACCACAGUCUCUUUUCUCUGGACCGCUACACAGGACAGAUAAGGACACUUCGGUCCUUCACAGAGACAGACGAGGCUGAACAUAAACUGGUCAUACUGGUCAAAGACAAUGGGAACGUUUCACUGUCAGCAACAGCUACUGUGAUCAUCAACGCAGUGGAGCCCAAAGAGGCUUUUGCUGCUUCUGAUGUUAAAAGCUCCGUUAGAGAUGAGGAAGACAACAGUGUAACCUUCUAUUUGAUCAUCACUUUGGGAUCAGUAUCCACUCUUUUCCUGGUCAGCAUCAUCGUGUUGAUAGUAAUGCAGUGUUCUAAAACACCAGAUUAUUCCCCCAAGUACCUACAAGACACGAACUAUGACGGGACACUUUGCCACAGCAUCCAGUACAAAUCCGGAGACAAACGGUACAUGUUAGUUGGACCCAGAAUGAGUAUAGGUUCUACUAUAGUCCCGGGCAGCAAUGGGAAUACUCUGGUGGUUCCCGAUCACAGGAGGCGUGCGUCUGGAGAGGUAAGAGCUGGUUAUGUGUUUUGA